CAUUCCAAUCGGUUUACCUGUUCCUUGCCCUCCCCUUUACUUCUCUCUUUCUCUCUCCCUUACCCUUUCUCUGCUCAUCUUUGGGCUUAUCCUUUCAUCCCUGAUCUCCUUCAUCCCCUCCAAUCCUCAUCUGUUCCUCUCUUGCAGAAGGGGAAGAGAAAGAGAGAGUUUUUCCACAGCUUGUGUUGGUAAGCACCCCGAUCAACAGCAGCUAUGGGUGAAAUGGAGCAGAUGAAAAAGGAGGCCGAAGGCCUGAAGACACAGAUCGAGGCGGCUCGCAAAGCAGUCAAUGACACAGACAUGGCCGCGGCCGCUGCUGGGGUGGCCCCGGCCCCUCGGGUCCAACUCAAGACCAGGAGGACCCUCAAAGGCCACCUGGCCAAAAUCUACGCCAUGCAUUGGUGUACAGACAACAGGCUAAUGGUCAGUGCAUCACAGGAUGGCAAACUCCUUAUCUGGGAUUCUCACUCUGGAAAUAAGGUCAAUGCUGUUCCCCUCAAAUCCUCAUGGGUGAUGACCUGUGCAUAUGCUCCUUCUGGAAACCUUGUGGCCAGCGGUGGUCUCGACAACAUGUGUACUGUCUACAACUUGAAGACACCCGUAAUCAAGACCGUGAAAGAAUUGGAUGCUCACACAGGUUACUUGUCCUGUUGCCGCUUCCUCAGUGACACUGAGAUUCUCACCGCCUCUGGGGAUACCACAUGUGCACUGUGGGAUUUGGAGACUGGAAAGCAGACAACAGUUUUCCUGAGCCAUGUUGGUGACUGCAUGUGUCUGGCUCUGUCCCCGGACAACAAGAGCUUCAUUUCUGGUGCUUGCGACUCUCUGGCCAAGCUGUGGGACAUCAGGGAUGGCCAGUGCAAGCAAACCUUCCAGGGUCACACGAGUGACAUCAAUGCCAUUUCUUUCCUCCCCAGUGGCACCGCAAUUGUCACAGGCUCGGAUGACUGCACAUGCAAGAUGUAUGAUCUUCGCGCUGAUCAAGAAGUGAUUUGCUACCAGGAUGCCGCCCUGAACAGCGGCGUUACAUCACUGGCUCUGUCCAUGUCUGGCCGCCUCGUCUUUGCUGGCUAUGAUGACUUCAACUGCAAUAUUUGGGACUCGCUAAAGGGCGAGAAAGUGGGCGUGUUGUCUGGCCAUGACAACAGGGUGAGCUGCACCGGAGUACCACCAGAUGGCAUGUGUGUUUGCACUGGCUCAUGGGACAGCUUCUUGAAGAUUUGGAACUGAACUGGACCCUGAAACAAGACGAGAAGAGGAUAAGACAGAAAGGAUGAGUAAAGGUUGAGAGAGAGGAUGAGAAAUGAGAAAUUCUAAGCAACAAAAAAUCUCUCUCACACACACAAACAAACACACGAAUGUCACAUCUGUAUACGUGUGGGAUUUCUGGAAGACUGGAUUUUAUUAGAAUAUUUACAUGGAAUAUUUAAUUGUAAAAAUGUAAGUUACAACGAACACAGGAAUGCCGUUGGCGUUAUUGUUAAAAUGACAAUCUCAUCAUGACAGCAAUACUUUGACUUGAAAUUAUAAUGUUUGACAUCUUAAAAAUGAAUAAUCAUUCAAGAAUAAAAUAUAUAGUUUUUGUCUGUUAAAAAUCCUCAUCAUUAGGUGAAAGUUUCCAUGACUAUUUUUAUGUAUUAGAAAUGAUGAUAGAAUGCAGAAGAAAAUGUACAGUGACUUUU